AUGGAGAACAAAUGUUGUGGAAAAAAGUUCAGUCAACUAAAACAAAAGCUACAACAACAACAAUCAAUAAAAGCGAAUUCAUUGUCUAAAACAUACAGUGAAAAAGGUUUGAUGAUACCACUGCAAAUAGAAGUCGUCGUUGAGAUAGUUCAGAUAGGCCCACCAUGCAUAGUAGUGUGA